GCUGUGUUCCCCUGUUAUUGUGUGACUGUCUUUAGCUAGCAGGGAUUUUGGGACACCGGCUGCUCUCGAGUCAACAAGAACAGUCACAUCAGGAUUCAGCAGUCACAAAUAAGAAGGACACAAUGCUGUCUGCUUUCGUUGCUAAAAGACUGGUAAGUGGGGUAUGCCAGGCGUCAUGGAGACCAGCUGUGGCAGAACUAGUAACUACACGGGGUUACAAAGGAGAGGCACCUGAUGACUCUAGGGGUGACCUAAUUGAGAUCCCCCUGCCCCCAUGGACAGAGAAGGAUGGCGAGACCAUGGACAUCAAGAGACGGCGCCUGCUCUUCCAAAGCCGAAAGAGGGGCAUGCUGGAGAAUUGCAUAUUGCUCAGCCUGUUUGCCAAACAAUAUCUGAAUACAAUGACCGAGCACCAGUUAAGACAGUAUGACAGACUGAUCAAUGAGCCUAGCAACGACUGGGACAUCUACUACUGGGCAACAGAGGCCCAGCCUGUACCUGAUGUGUACACAGGUGAAAUCAUGGACCUACUGAAGGAGUUCACUAAGAACAAAGAUCAGGAACAGAGGCUGGACGCACCCAACCUGGAAUACCUGGACAAGGGGAGCCAGUGAAGCCUGGCUGACACAUCCCUCUCAGGGUGUUUUCACAUAUAGUCUUCUUUAAAAUAACUGAUCUCAGUCCUCUUUAAAGUGAACUCUGGGAUAAAAAAAAGAAGAAGCAAAAUGUCUCAGUUCUCUUUGUAUUCACAUUGCCCAUGCCUUUGAAUGAGAUCUCCGCUUUUUUGGCAGUUCACUUCACCUAUUUUGUUGUCAGAGUCCUCUUUUCAUUCACAUUGCUAUGUUUAGAAAGGAACCAAUAUAUUUUUCCAACAUUCAUUCAAUGCACUGUGGGUGCAGGACAAGCCAUUCAGUCAGAAUGUGUUAUUGGACAACAAAAUAUACCAUAUACCUACUUACAUUUAGGAAGCUAAAAGAUUACAAUUAUGUCUCAUUUUUAACUAAAUGCAAUCAGAAUAUUAACAUAUAAAUAUUAUUGGUAACAGAACAACUGCAGAUUAAAUAAUGCUGUAAUAGAGCUGUUGCCCGGGUGCCGAGGAUUUCGAUUAAGGCAGCCCCCCCAGCACCUCUCUGAUUCAGAAGGGUUGGGUUAAAUGCGGAAGACACAUUUCAAUUGAAUACAUUGUUGGACAACUGAAUAGGUAUCCCACUUUUCCCUUUUACACCCAUUGUAGGCUACGGCCCCUUUAAGAGCUAGAAUCGAUUUUGUGCCUUGUGUUGUGAUUUUGCCGUCUUCUCACACUAUUCAAACCCCAUGGUUGAAUAAACAGCUCAUGAAGCUAUCUUAACCAUAAGAUCA